AGACGAGUCAAAGAUGUGAUAUCCCCAAUUGUGUUUGAAGUGGCAUACAGUCUGGGGGAACAUGUGAUGGGAAAGGAGGAGAAGGAACUACCUGCUCUUAAGCCCAUUCUCCGCUGGAAGAAGGGAGAGAAGAUAGCUCAGAGAAAUCAGACUGUUUUUGAGAGGAAUUGUCAAUCAGAUGAUUGUGCUGCUGAUUUGAAACUUCAGGGUAGAUUAUUGCUGUCUAGUGUUGAUGACAAAACCCCCUAUCUGGCAUUGGGAGCAGUAAAGAACAUUUCACUUAAUAUCUCCAUCUCUAACAUUGGGGAUGAUGCCUAUGAUACCAACGUGUUCUUCAACUUUUCCAGGGAACUCUUCUUUAUCAAAAUGUGGCAAAAGGAAGAGCUGGGCAUUGCUUGUGAGCUGCUGGAGUCAGACUUCCUCAAGUGCAGCGUGGGAUUUCCUUUCAUGAGAUCGAAGUCCAAGUAUGAGUUCAGUGUGAUCUUUGAUACAAGCCGCUUGUCCGGAGAAGAGGAGUUUCUUACAUUCCUUGUCACGGCCCAAAGUGGAAACCUAGAACACUCUGAAUCGCUACAUGACAACACUCUCACCCUGUCUGUGCCCCUGAUGCAUGAAGUGGACUCAUCUAUCACUGGAACUGUCUCCCCGACUUCCUUUUUCUAUGGAGGAUCUGUGGAAGCAUCCAGUUUUGUUCAGCUGGAGAAUUAUGAAUGUCUUUUUCAGCCUCUCAACUUCACUCUUCAGGUUUACAACACUGGACCAAGCACACUCCCCGAAUCUUUUGUUGACAUUUUGUUUCCUAACCGCCUCUCUGCCAGUGGGGCUGAAACUUUUCACAUUCAGCAGAUGAUGGUUGCUCAGGACAAAGGAAACUGCUCUUUUCAGAAAAACCCUAACCCAUGUGUCAUCCCUCAAGAAAAUGACAAUAUUUUUCAUACCAUCUUUGCUUUUUUUACCAAGUCUGGCAGGAAAGUACUGGACUGUGAAAGACCAGGCAGGUCCUGCUUAAUUGUACGCUGUAACUUAAGCUCACUAGCAAAAGCAGAAUCCCGCAAUAUAGAUGUUUACAUGCUGCUAAAUACAGAGAUAUUAAAGAAGGACAGUUCGUCAGUCAUCCAGUUUGUGACAAGGGCGAAGGUGAGGGUGGACACAACACUCAGGAUUGUGGAAGUGUCUAAUGGGAAUCCUGAAGAUGCAACAGUGGUCUUUGAGGCCUUGCACAAUAUGGAGCCUCGUGGUUAUGUUGUGGGAUGGAUCAUUGCUAUUAGUUUGCUGGUGGGAAUUCUCAUCUUCCUGUUGUUGGCUGUGCUGUUAUGGAAGAUGGGCUUCUUUCGCAGGAGAUACAAAGAAAUCAUUGAGGCUGAGAAGAACAGGAAGGAGAAUGAAGAUAGUUGGGACUGGGUCCAGAAAAAUCAAUGAACUGCCAGAAAAAAGGGUCGUGUGACACACACUUGCUAGCCUAUUGGUCCUGCUCUUGUAUCUUCCAUAUGUGGAAGAAGGAAUCUUCUCCAGAUUUUUCGGAGGCCCUGUUGAUGCUGUGUUCUUCAUCAUCCUAACAAGCUAGGGAACAUAUCCUGAGGCAACCACUGCAGCCAUGUCUGGUGACUGGAGCGAUUUACAUUUCCUGAAAGAGUUGAACUUUGAACUUUGGUAACCAAGCUGCGGUGCAGAGCAAUAUUUAUGAAUCCAACAUAUGUGGUAUACCCUCAGGGGAAGACUGAUACCUAAAAGUAUUUUUAUAAAUAUAAGCUUUUUAUACUGAUUAUGUCUUUAUAUUUGUAUCAAUGUUUUAUUGUUUCUAUUGAAUAGCUAUAUAGUUCACUCAAGCACUGAUAUCUGGCUAAAACCUUGGAAAUACAUAUAUGUAUAUAUAAAUCUUAUUGUACUUUUGAACUUCAAUGCAAAAAAAAAAGACUUUCAGAUGAAACUAGUUGAAAAACCUCACACAGCAAAUCCACAAGGCUUGGUAAUGUAUAUAGACCAUUUAAUGGCAAUAAGCCAAAGUCUUUUCACAUUUUUUAAGCUGAAGUUGAUUUUUGAGUUAUGAGCUAAAGAACCUGAAGUAUUACUCACAUAUGAUUUUCUGCAUUUGAAUUUAUCCGUUACUAAUCUGAGUUGUGGGAAACAAUUACUCACAGCCAAGUAACAAGAAUUAUAGUUCCACGUUGCCUCUUGUAUUUCAGGAAUACAACCAUUUGAUCACAGGGCAUAUUGCACUGAAGAAAGCAGUGAAGAAUGUCUUCCUUUGGCCAACUCUGUCUCCCACAAUCUGUAAUCCUUUGACAAUGGGCAACAAGAUACUGCAAGGAUAUAAUUGGGCCAACCACUUAGACAUCAACUAAUUACUUUGGGUUAAAAAUGGAAUUAAUUAUAUCAAAAUUCAUGAUAUAAAAGAUGGUCUUUCAUAUUGUUAAUGGUCAUAAUCUGUUUCACAUGUUGCUGUACAAGCUAGUGCUACGUAUCUACAUGGUUUGACCAUUAUGCCGGCCAUCUAAAUUUUAUGCAUCCAAGUUACAAGAUUGUUUACGUGAUAAUCUUUAGAAUAAUGGCUGUAUUAGAUAGAUGAGCAAAUUAACUAUAUUUCUAAAUCUUGAGGUUUCAUAUUUGGAUUUUUUUAAUACUAGCUAUCAUCCUUCAUCUAGUAUUAAAAACUGAGUUGAAUUCUGACACAGACCUUGCUAAAAUGCAGACCCUCACUCUCAAAUAAUGCUUUAGCAGAUUUCUUACUGGGCUGGAAGAAACUUUGUGCUAAUGAUGUUCAUAGAAAGCUGUUUGGUAUCUGACUAGAAAUAGUGCUACUGGUACACCACUUGUUUAUAGACGUUAUUGGUCUGCUUCUGCUCUUACAUUUCAGCAGAAUACAUCAGGAGUAAUUAGAUUGAUAUGCUGCAGGGCUGACUUCAGGCACCAGCACUGCAACCAGGUGCUUGGAGUGGCCAAUGGAAAGGGGCAGCACGUCCAGCUCUUUGGUGGCAAUUCGGCGGCUGGUCCCUCAGUC